AUGACUUCAACCGCAUUCACUGUUGUCCGUGAGUCAUGUUCGGGAAUAACAACUCACCUCAGAUGGUUCAGCUCAGCUGCCGCUUUGGUGACUAGAGAGAAUCGAACGGAGGCCUUGAUGGACAGGUACGAGAAAUGCCCUGCUCGACUUCAACAGGUGGAGACUCUGUACCAGCGCUUCCUUCUACAUCUAGAGGAUGUACCUAUGGAGUCAUUCCCGAAGGAGCGACGUGAUCAAGUCCACGAGGACUAUGUCCAAAUUAUGGACAUGGCUGACGACAUCGCCCAACGCGCUCGUGAGGUCUUAGCCUUGCGUGCCGGAGUACCGCCUACCAGGGCCCCUUUGAAAACUCCCGUGGGCCUUUUGACGAAACUGCCUAGCUUGGACCUUCCACGUUUUGAUGGUCGUUUGGACAAGUGGAUGGGGUUCAUUGGCCUAUUUGAGAGCCUCGUGGACUCGAGGGAGGAUUUGGGCCCCUCUCAAAAGUUGGCCUAUCUGCUCUCCGUGCUUGAUGGAGAGGCGAGGGGCUUUGUGCAGCAUCUCCCAAUAUGCGACGGGAGCUAUGAAGUUGCACGGUCAUUGCUCACCAAGCGCUAUCAUAAUCAGCGCUGUCUGGCCGAUGCCCAUAUUGACCAGAUUAUGGACCUUCCCAUCGUGAGCAAUGCCCCCCAGUUGAGGACUGAGCUGCUCAACCCCCUCUUAAUUGCCACUAACGCUCUCAACCGCUUGGGACUGCCGGUCGCCCAGUGGUCUUAUUUGUUGCUGCGCAUUGUACUUAAGCGGUUGCCAGUGUCCAUGAGGACACGCUUUGAACAAGAGCACGCUAGGGAUGAGGCAUCUCCUCUCCCUACCUUUGACCAGCUAUUGACGUUCUUGGAGAACGAGUGUCGCACGGGUGACGUUAUGGUCGCCGUUGCGCCGGUGGGACCAUCAAGCCCCAGGCCCACCAAUCAACGGCGCACUGCCCAAACCACGCCAAAAGGAAAGGCGUCCCCCCGCUUUGCUGUCGCGCAGGCCGCGCGACCGGACUGCCGAUUUUGUAAGUCCCAGGGCCACCGAACGGCGCAGUGCCAGGUGUUUGUAGCGCUGCACGUGUCCUCUCGUAGGCGGAUUGCCAAGGCCCGAGGGUGGUGUUUCUCCUGCCUAGGGGACCACUACCAGCGCGCCUGCCCCGACACGCACCCGUGUCCUAUUUGUGGAGGGCAGCAUCUGAAGGUGCCUACCUUGAAAUAG